GUUCAAUCAGUUCAACGUCACCUGGCCGGCCUCGGAGCUUCCGGACAACUUCGACGUGUUGGAGUACCUGCUGGGCCUGUCGCUAGACUACGACCUGGAGACGCCGUUUCACCUCAGCUUGCAGCCAUAUUUGCGGACGGACAGGCGCUACGGAUUUUCCCUGGACUUGGCCUUGAGCGAAGAGAAGGCCGACUACGAACCGGCAAAGGUAGCCGCUUGCAUACCGUCGGUGGCGCCGUCGAUUGGGCGCGAUUCUGCGUUACGAUUCGGCGAGAUUAUUCACACCGUGUACGCCGACCUGGCCCUCCUCGUCGUCAUUGUCUCCAAUGAUCAGACCCGCGUCCACACCACCAUCGAAGCACUGGCUUACGACGUCAGACAGCACGUGGCGCCCGACGCCUUGCUGAACGUCAUCAACAAGCAUCUGCCGAAGCACACGUCCAGUUCAAAAGGAACGAGGAAGUGCUUCUCUACAACAGCACGGGCUUCGCACUGCGCGAGAUUCUGGGAAUUUACAAAUCGUCGCGCUACGUGAAUUUGGUGCUGUUCAGCGGCUGGAACAUCAUCGCAAGAAAUAAUGCCGGGAUGUCGUCAUCGCUGUUGGCCUGCAUGUCUGGGAACACGCCUGUGCCCGCUCAUAUCUCGGCGGCGCUGAAUUGCCUCAGCGUUGUGAAUGAGAUGGCCGGCUACGCCCUUGCCCGCUUCUUCGUCGACAGCGCGGAACAGUCCCAGGCUGUGCAUGACGUCACGGACACGUGGAACGCCGUGCGCGACGCCACGCGGCGCAACUUCCCCACCUUGUCGUGGAUGGACACGUCCACCGCCGCGGGCGCCAUGGACCACGUGGACAACCUCCUUUCCAUCAUAGCCAUUCCGGCGCACCUGAACAGCAGCCAGGCGCUGGACGCCUUUUACGACUACCUGGGGACGGAUCAGUCGCAGCCCUUCUUCCAGUGGUUCAUGAAGUCGAGGAAGCAGCGAUCGGACAAGUACAAGCGCCUCAUCCGCGAGGACCCGAAGGUGCCCGUGCACCGCGAAGACAUGUCGUCGUUGAGUUCGACAAAGGUAAACGCCUUCUACCUGUCCCUGUACCACAUCAUGGUCAUCUCUCCCGCCAUCAUGGCGCCGCCGUUCAUGGUUCCAGGCGUGGCCCCGGCGGUGACCUACGGCUCCAUCGGCAAGGUCUUGGGUCACGAGCUGUCCCAUGCCUUUGACCCGCGGUUCAGCACUCAGACAAGGACGGGCGACUUUGCAACCUGGUGGUCGGCGCAGUCGUUUGAGAGAUUCCUCGACAAGUCUCGGUGCGUCAUUUCUCAGCUGGCUAACUACACCGAAAACGACAUCCACGGCUUCAACGCGCUGCCGGAGACGUUCGCGGACACUGCCGGUACCGAGAAGGCCCGCCUGGCAUACGCUUCGCUGCCGACGCAGCAGGGCAUCCUCGGCUACUCGCAGGAGCAGCUCUUCUUUGUCGCGACCUGCUUCAUGCUUUGUGCCAAGAAUCCCUACUCGUGGAAGGAGUCAGACACUUACCCGGCACACGCCCUGCGUUGCAAUUUACCCGUUUCCAAUGAGAAAAAAUUCGCGGCAGCUUUUAAGUGUCCCACCGGAGCGGCACUGAACCCGCCGACGCGCUGUACCUUCCACGGAACAUAGACGGUGGAACCCCGUUCGGCGGCUUCGUGUAGGUUGCCAUCACUUUUCUUUUCUGCUGCCGAUUUUCAAAUGUACUCCCCGUGCCUAAUCAACGUCAUUUGACUGUGUGACGAUUGCACUAAGGACUUGAGAAUCCUGGUUUAUUUCGUUAAUUACUUCCUAUUGAAUUCCGUCAGAACCACUCGCAGCUAUAGUCCCAUGUUCACUUUGCUCGUUAUUCAUCGUGUUAUUGUUUGCUUGCUUUCUUUUUAGUUUUCUGUAGGUUUUUACUUGUCUAUUCUGUUGGACUGCUUCUUUCUGUUUAACUUAUCUGAAUUUAAUCUGAACUUACCUGCUCGUUAGAAAGUGUCACGUGCGAGGCUUUGGCACAGGGUUGAGACUUUUUUUCUGGGAACUAAAAUGACUUUGUCACUGGUUUUAGUUUUUAUUAUUUGAAAGUGCUGACCUCUAAGCUGUAAUUGUGCCAACGAAUAUUAUGGCAAUCUGGACGAAGUAACCAUACCCAUGGAGGGCAUAAAAUUUAGAAAAGGCACUUGGCCCAUAAGGCGAAAGUCGGUGACAUUUUACAUGUACAGUAUUUCAAUUCCCCCGACUCGAAAGCGAUGCGCCGUGCUGCUAUAGCAGUGAGGAGGUCAGUAUUUUCUAAAAUACAUGAAAUAAUCACUUGAGAUGAGGCUUUAUAUUGACAGAGGUGCGAACAGAUGUUGAUUUUCUCGUUACUUCCAACUUUUGUUGGACAAGAGCCGCCAUUUGGGCCGCGCGAUCGCAUCAAGUACAGGCGAGUUAUAGCCCAAAUACAAGGGGACACAAGAACACACAUUGGGCACACAUAGCGUCAUGCGUGUCCAAAGUGUAUCGUGCUCUUAACUCGCCUUGAAAACGGCUUGCCUUGACUUUGUAAUUCAUUUACACAGUGUGGUAACAAUGCGAAUAAGAUAAUCUUGUUACACCUAUUUGCGAUAAUUGACGGUGCAUAGAGCGGCACAUUCAUGCAUGCACGUGUUUUAUGUGACCACAUCCUGCUUUUGAGCUAGAAACUGCCUCUUCUUUACAUAAACUGCUCCUUCUGCUCUCACUUGCAUCCUGGAUUGCCAUCAUCUCUACCUUCUUCUCCCCAGGUUACUUAAGGUUCAUGGACAUGCAGUGAAGUGUAUUUCAAGGUCGUACUUCGCGGCGGCGCAGCGUGUCCAGAGGGAAGAGUCAGAGAGGAGCUCGGCUGCGUGCAUGAUGCGUCUCUGCGGUUGCAAUACGGUGUGGCUACAUUGCUUAUCGCAUGAACGUCGGGAUUCAUCGCGAGAUGCGUUCUACCGCAAUUUUAUUGCCCUAGGGCAGCCAGCCGAAGCCUCAGGAGCAAGGCACUGCCUGGCGUGCUCUCGCACAAAUGUUCUUUCCUUCUUUCUUGCCAUCUUUGAAUAUCUCUACAUUUUUCUCUCUAGUCUGUGCAGGAGAUAAACAUACUCCAGCACAGACUCUACAGAGGAUCACCAGUCGAUAUCUAGAAACUGUCACAGCAGGAGUAUGUUUAUUUAGGUCAAUUACUCACAGGAGACCCAGAUCAUGAGAAGAGAAUUUACAGAAUAAAAAUGUGCUGGAAUGCAUACGGCAGGCAUCACCAAAUCCCGACUGGGGGAUUACCACUGUCGUUGAAAAGUGUACGGGCAAUGCAUUAUACAGGUGCUAACAUACGGGGCAGAAACUUUGAGGUUAACAAAAAACCUUCAGAACAAGAGGACCGCGGAAAAAAAUUGAUGGAACGAAAAAUGUUAGGCCGUAACGUUAAGAGACAGAGAGCAGUGUGGAUCAAAGAGCACACUGGAACAGCAGAUAUUCUGUAGUUCUUUCUGGGGUUUUACGUGCCAAAACCAGUUCUGAUUAUGAGGCACGCCGUAGUGGAAGACUCCGGAUUAAUUUUGACCACCUGGGGUUCUUUAACGUGCACUACAACGCAAGCACACGGGCGUUUUUGCAUUUCGCCUCCAUCGAAAUGCUUCUGCCGCGGCCGGGAUUCGAUCCCGCGACCUCGUGCUCAGCAGCGCAACGCCUUAGCGGACUGAGCCACCCCGGCGGGUAGAUAUUCUGUAGUUGACAUUAAGAGAAAGAAAUGGAGCUGGGCAGGCCAUGUAAUGCGUAGGAUGGAUAACCGAAAUGGGUGUCAAGGGAAGGGAAUUAAGCGCAGUCGAGGACGGCAGGAAAUUAGGGUGGGGUGAUGAAAUUAGGAAAUUUGCAGGCGCAAGUUGCAAUCAGCUAGCGCAAGACAGGGGCAAUUGGAGAUCGCAGGGAGAGGCCUUCGUCCUGCAGGGAACAUAAAAAUAGGCUGAUGAUAAUGCCAUUUUUGUUUCCAUCAUUUACCGCCAGUUUCUUGACUGCAGAUUGUCUACUUGUACUUAGUUACCAACUUCCUUGAGCUCUUCGACCAUUCCGUGUACACGUUUCUUGAUGUGCAGAUAUUAGUGCGCUUCAGCUGCCCUUAUUUUUUUAUGCAUGUUCCGGAGUCUCUCUACAAAAAUCCAUUUCAAAAGCGUCCCAACCUAUGUCACCCUGCACUGCCUCAUUUGUGGUUUUACCGUGGGCCCCCAUUGCCAAUCGGCCCUGCAACCCGGGCAAGAUUUCCAAUUUUAAGUACAGAAUGUCAGUGCCAUACGUUGGUGCCGAGCCUGAAAGCGUUUUACUUCCCUCAUUCUCAGAUUUUCUUGGUGAAUGUUCGAGCGCUUCCUCCAUUUAAGUAUACACCAUUCACAUAACCUGGCUGUACGAGUGCGACUUGCUGUUGAAUUGAGGUCUAUACUCGUCUGUAUAUGUUUAAUUCUCCCGUUUCUAUGUGCUAAAGGCAAGUCCAAUAAAUGCAGCUUCACGUUUUGGCGUCUAAGUAAAUCCUCUGCAUUUUCCACUAUAGUACAUACAUUAGCACAUGGAUGUUCUGUUGCACCAUUUGCCCAUUGCAUUACUGCUCCAGCUUUAUU